AUGUGGCAGACCAGGUUUGAUAAGAGGUACUUGAUUAGAUGCAGUUAUAUUGAAAUCUACAAUGAAAAGAUCAAUGACCUCCUGGAUAAGAGCAAUCAGGGUUUAACUAUAAGAGAAGAUAUCAAAGGAAAUGUGCUGCUUGAUGCAAGGGAAGCUGUCGUAGACAAUGUUGAUAAAGUUAUGGAGAACAUGAUGCAGGGGCAAUAA